AUGGAUAAAAAUCAAGCUAAUAAUCACCAAGAUGGUGCAGGAGGCACAGAUCAAGCACCGGAAGAGCUCCGGAUCCCAAGAGCCACCGUGGCGCGCAUCAUGCGCCAUGGCUCGCCACCGAAUUCCAAGAUCACCGGCGACGCGAAGGAGGCUGUCGACAACUGUCUCGUGGAGUUCUGCGCGGUCUUCAUCGCUGCAGCCGUGGAGGAGUGCAGGCGGGACAAGCGCACAACCGUGACUGGUGACGACCUGAUCUUCGCCAUGAGAAACCUAGGGUUCGACGACUACGUCAGGCCCCUGGCCUUGUACCUCCGCCGCUAUCGUGAGAUCGAGGGCAACAGGCCACGCGCGCGGCACAGCUCGAUGGCAGCGCUGGACCCGACGGCCCCGGCAGUGGGGGCGGAGGUACAGCAGCAGCAGCCCCCGCCGGGUCUGAACCUGCAGCUGGGCCCGCCGCCGGUUCGUGACGUCACUGAGCUGGGCCCGCACGCGGAUGUGUACGCGGUGUGGCGUGCCGCUGCAGCGGCCGCAGCAGGAACCUCGCAGGCGCCUGGUGGUGCUGAUGAUGAGGACGAGGAGUGA